UAUACAAAUGUUGGAAUUUACUAAAAAAAACAAAUCAGUCUAAUUCAUUUCUUUUUAUGAUUUUUAUAUAGUAUUGGCAACUGCGCAUUUAAAUCAUUAAACUGCAUGACCGUUAAGGUCGUUCAUCCCUGCUGCAAGCUCAGUUGAAAUCAGUGUUAUCUGAAAAGUAGCAUAAAUUGAUUUUUCUUAAUUUUAUGUUAUUGUUUGAACUAGUGUGUUUUCGUUUAAAACUGCUGGGCCUAAAUCAUACUUUUAUGAUGGAUCCUUCUACCUCAGGUACGAUGUCAAACACUUUUUUUAUAAGUCGACAAGAACUGUUUGCCAUCAUGAAGAAUUCAGGACACAGUAAUUUUGAAGAACAGUUUACUUUUUUGACAGAGAAUAUGAAAGGAAGGACAGGUUGCUCAGAAGAUAAUUUAAAGGAUUUACUUAAGAAACUUUCUUAUUUUAAAUCGGACCUGAAAUCUCGAUGGACAAGUGCCAGAAGAACAGAAGAUCGUUUUUUAAAAGCAAAUCGCAGUUGGUUGGAGAGUGCUAUUUCAUUUCCUCGUUACGAAUCUCAUUCGGUGGAACAAAAUCGGGGAGGGCGCCCAAAAAAAAGUUUCGAGGAAAGUGGUGACAGGUCAAAAAGAAAAAAGACCGAGCAGUUACGAAGCAUUGCAACUGUUUCAGAGCUAAGUUAUGCUGCUCAAAUUAGCCUUAGGGCCUCAGGAAAAACUGAUGCUUCAAAAGUGGUGCAUGAGGUAACUGCGACAAGCCCAACACGCGCAAGCAAGUACAGAAAAGCAUAUAAGGAAUUAUUAAAAGACCGUGGGCCUAGGUUGAUGACAGGUGAAGAUGCCUUAGCAGUCUUAGUGGAAGCCAAAUUGUCUAGGCAUCAAUACAAUGUAAUACGAAUGAGCGACCCUGAGAAAUUCCCCUCCUACAAAAACGUACAGGAAGCCAAAAAACUAUGCUAUCCAAAUGCAGAUGCCAUUAAAAUAUCUGAAACCUCUGCAGAAGUUAAGCUGCAGGCACUACUGGAUCACACAGUUCAACGUCUUCUUAUUGUGCAGGAAAGUGUCAUAGAUUCAUUAAGUGAAGAAGAAUUAAACCAGUUAAGUUUAUUUACAAAAUGGGGCUUUGACGGCAGCUCUGGGCAUAGUUCCUACAAGCAAGCUUUCCAUGGAUCCGAAGCAAGUGAUGCUGCUAUUUUUAUUACAUCCAUUGUACCAAUUCGUCUAGUAUGCAAAUCAAAAGUGAUAUGGCAGAAUCCUCGUCCCUCUUCUCCGAGGUAUUGUCGGCCUCUAAAAAUACAGUUUAUAAAAGAGUCUGUCGAAGUAUCAAUUACUCAAAAAAAUGAAGUUGAUGACGAAAUAAGAAAAUUGCAUAGUAGUGUUUUGAUAUUUAAUCAAAGACAGGUAAAAGUGAUGCACUCUUUAAUAUUUGCAAUGGUGGACGGAAAGGUUUGCAAUGCUCUUAGUGAAACCACGUCAACGCAAAAGUGCUACAUUUGUGGGGCAACUUCAAGAGAUUUUAAUCGUAUUGACGAAAUGAUAACAAAAACUGUAAAAGUUGAAAACUUGCAGUUUGGGUUAUCAGUGCUUCAUGGGUGGAUACGAUUUUUUGAAUGUCUACUGCAUGUAGCAUACAAACUUCCAAUUCAAAAAUGGCAGGCUAGGGGACCAGGUGAUAAGGAUAUAGUGAAUAAAACCAAACUUGAAAUACAAAAAAUGUUUAAAGAAAGGACUGGAUUAAUUGUAGACAAACCCAAGCCAGGUUUCGGCAAUUCCAAUGAUGGGAAUACGGCCAGGCGAUUUUUCGCGGAUCCUGAACUUUCAUCUGAAAUAACAAAAAUUGAUAUAGACCUCAUUAAAAAAAUGCAUAUAAUAUUAAUAGUAGUAUCAUCUGGUCAUGAAAUAAAUGUGGAAAAAUUUAGACUAUUUGCUCUAAGUACUGCUAGACAUUUUGUAGAAAAAUAUCCCUGGUACCCCAUGCCCCCCACUCUUCAUAAAUUUUUAAUUCAUGGACCUGAAAUAAUUUCAGCGGCUUUGCUACCAAUUGGUCAAUUGACAGAAGAAGCGCAAGAAGCGCGCAAUAAAGACUUCAAAAUGUACCGAGAACAUUUUUCAAGGAAAUGUAGUCGUGAAAAAUCAAAUCAAGAUAUUUUCAACCUAUUUUUGAUAAGUUCAGACCCGGUUAUAACAAGCAAAAGACGUCUACCGAAAAAAAAAAUUCAAAAUCUACCCCAAGAAGCUAUACAAUUGUUAAUAGCUCCAAAUGACGCAUGUAGUGUUGGAAGUGAUUACGAGGAAGAUCCGUCAUCAGAAUCCGAAAACGAAAAUUUUUAAUUUUAUAAUUUUUUUUAUCGACUUAUUAAAAACACAAAAAACAACAACAUUUAUAAAAACUUCUUUUUUUUUAGUUUUUUUAAACAGUUUUUAGUGGACUAAUUAUUAUAUUGCCUUUGCUAUUAGUUUAUUCCACAUUUAUUAAACUCGUGCCCCAC